CCUGCGUUCGAGUAGCCCGAGGCCUCGCGCGGCAGCUCCAGGUUCCUCUGAGUUUCUGUGGGGUACAGUGAGUUGCAGAGUCUCCAAUGUGGAUCACUACAUGGCGAUCAUUGUAAAAUUGUGAGCACAUUGCCAGGAAUUCUACACAAGCUUCUCAAAACUGAUUGGUUUAAUAAAAGUACAGCCUCAUAGUGAGGCAAAGGCUUGAUGAUGGAGAAUGGACAGGGCACAGGGGGAAAGCUUGGAUUGCCGCCUCUUACUCCAGAGCAGCAGGAAGCGCUACAGAGGGCUAAGAAAUAUGCCAUGGAACAGAGCAUAAAGAGUGUUUUAGUAAAACAGACCAUUGCCCACCAGCAGCAGCAGCUCACAAAUUUGCAGAUGGCAGCAGUGACAAUGGGCUUUGGAGAUCCUCUCUCAUCUUUACAAUCGGUGGCAGCGCAGAGGCAGCGAGCUCUGGCCAUCAUGUGCCGUGUAUAUGUGGGUUCCAUUUAUUACGAGCUGGGGGAGGACACCAUCCGGCAGGCCUUUGCACCCUUUGGGCCCAUAAAGAGCAUCGAUAUGUCUUGGGACUCAGUCACCAUGAAGCACAAGGGCUUUGCCUUUGUGGAGUAUGAGAUUCCUGAAGCAGCUCAGCUGGCCUUGGAGCAGAUGAACUCAGUCAUGCUGGGUGGGAGAAACAUUAAGGUGGGGCGACCAAGUAACAUCGGACAGGCACAGCCCAUCAUCGACCAACUGGCAGAGGAGGCACGUGCCUACAACCGAAUCUAUGUAGCCUCAGUCCAUCCAGAUCUGUCAGAUGAAGACAUCAAGAGCGUCUUUGAGGCCUUCGGAAGGAUUAAAAGUUGUAUGCUGGCACGAGAACCCACCACAGGAAAACACAAGGGCUUCGGAUUUGUUGAAUAUGAAAAGCCUCAGUCAUCGCUGGAUGCCGUCUCAUCUAUGAACCUGUUUGACCUUGGAGGUCAAUACCUUAGAGUGGGGAAGGCUGUUACCCCUCCCAUGCCUCUGUUGAUGCCUACAACCCCUGGAGGGCUACCCGCUGCUGCAGCUGUGGCUGCUGCUGCGGCAACCGCCAAGAUCACUGCCCAGGAGGCUGUUGCUGGAGUGACAGUGCUGGGUUCUCUGGCCUCACCAGCACACAUUCUCAGUCAGCAGAUGGGGCUCCCACAUGCUGUAUUGGCUGCCCAGGCCCCCGGCAUCAUCACAGGUGUGACACCUGCUCGACCUACUCUUCCUGUAGUCCCCCAAGUUUGUUUGGUUAACCCAGUACUGGCAUCUCCGCCAGUCACAACACCUGUUUCUAUCGGAACACCAACAUCUGCAAUGCAAAUACAUACUGAAGUGAAGAGAGAGGAAGACAAAAGGCUUACUGAAGGAGAUCGGAGUCGGCCAGUUGGAAAUGGGCAGGAUAGUGAACUGGAGCAGCUAAGUGGAAGUGGAGGAAAACAAACGGUCAUGCAGUCAAAGUCAACGGUUAUGGUGCUACGCAACAUGGUGGGCCCAGAGGACAUCGACGAUGACCUUGAAGGGGAAGUGAUGGAGGAAUGUGGGAAGUAUGGUGCAGUUAAUCGGGUAAUCAUAUACCAGGAGCGACAGGGUGAGGACGACGAUUCUGAGAUCAUAGUAAAGAUCUUUGUGGAGUUCUCCGAUGCUGAGGAAAUGAACAAGGCUAUCCAGGCCCUCAAUAACCGCUGGUUUGCAGGUCGCAAGGUUGUUGCCGAGUUGUACGAUCAAGCGCGUUUUAAUAAUAGUGACCUCUCUGCGUAAGACUGUCCCAAAGUGGCAUCUGGCCCCAUCUCUUGGCGCUCAAACUCGCACAGCUUUCAUCACUGCUGUUAGAGAUUCGGGCCUCUUUGAAACUUGUAAUUAUUUUUUUAUUGAUGUUGAUCGUAAUAAUAUUAUCAGAAAAAUCCUAAUUGAGGGAUUUAGUGUAGGACAAAAAUAUCCUUCUCGUGCAUUUUCUUUGUCACCUACUGUGAAAGGCUUUUCAUUUUUUAACAGUCAUUUUUUUUGCAGGGGUUUUUUUUUUUUUUUUUUAAGAAAAGAUGCAAUUUUCCUCCAUUCCCACCCAUACUUUUUUUUUUUUUUUUUUUUUUUUUUUAAUACAAAUACCAACUUUUUCUCCACAGACUUCAGUCUUCAGAUUCUAAACAUUAUGUUGGUGACAUUGGUUCUGGCUUAACAAAAACAAUAAAUUUC